GUCCGGCCCCCUGGGCAGUGACAGAUAGUUUUCGGUCGGGACUGAGGGAAGGCUAUCUGGGAAAUAAUCUGCAGCCUACGAGUUAAGCUGCUUUAUCCCCGCCGAGCCGGGCCGACUGCUGCGCCUCCGGUUUGAGGACAAAUCACAACACGAGCGGGAGAAAGAGGAUAUCAAAUUGUACGGUGCGAGUUUUGACAAAUUGUUUCCAUCCUCACAGUUGGUGAGGAGGGUUUUCGACAGUUGCAACACCCAACAGCACAGCAGAAAAAGUCGCUUCUGAGGCAGAGCACAAGUCCACACUGGGAACUGAACCAAGGAGGGAAACUGGCAAAGGUGGUUUGGGCAUGGAACAUAUUACACUUUGGAUAUUCUUGAUAACUACUUACGUCUUGUCAGGAGGGAAUGGCCAAACUGUAGAAAUGGAUGAUGGGAAGUCAGGGUACCUGGGCUCCAAGGUGGAUCUUCGCUGUCGUUUCAUCAACAGCUCGCCGCCCGUCAAAAUCUCACAGGUGACGUGGCAGAAACUGGUGAACGGCACCAAGCAGAACAUGGCCAUUGCCAACCCGUCCCUCGGGGUGUCCGUAGCCCCUCCCUACAAGGACCGCGUCACCUUCAAGAAUGCUGCCGUGAGGCGUCGAACUCCGACCCUUGAAGACACCACCAUCACCUUCUCCUCGUUGCGUCUGUCUGACGAAGCUACCUACAUCUGUGAAUACACCACCUUCCCUGCGGGCAACAGGGAAAACAAGGUCAACCUGACUGUAUAUGUUCGUCCGACCACUCAGAUGAGUCUGUCCACGCCCACGCUGGUAGCUCGUGCAUCCAACCUGAAGACGCCAGUGGCGUCGUGCAUCUCCGCUAAUGGAAAACCACCCGGUGUCAUCAAGUGGGAGACGAGGGUGCCAGGUGAAGUGAGCACCCGUGAGUACAGAAACUCGGACGGCACCUUCACCAUUCAGAGCGACUACAUUCUGGUGCCCAGCAGGGAAACGCACAAGGAGACGCUCACUUGUGUCACCUUGUACAACGAGGAGGUAUUCACCGACAGCGUCACUCUCGAUAUUCAGUAUGAACCCGAUGUUCUGGUUGACGGCUACGAUGGAAACUGGUACCUGAAUAGAGAGAACGUCCAGCUGAGCUGCCAAGCCGACGCCAACCCGGCCGUGUCCCUCUACCAGUGGAGGCUGAUAAACGGCUCCAUGCCAAGCAGCGCUGAGAUCAGAGACAACGUCCUCAUCUUUAAAGGGCCGGUCACGUACGAUCUGCAGGGUACUUAUGUGUGCGAUGCCACUAACAGCAUCGGGACCAGAUCGGGCUUCGUGGAGAUUAGCGUCAUAGACAAGCCGUUACCGCAGAUAGCAACGGGUGAUGUCAUCAGCGUGGUAGCCUUAUUGUUGGCGGCAGGCGUGCUGAUGGGAAUUACCAUCACAGUACUGGUGCUCAAGAUCAGAAGCAGAAAAGAUGACGGCUCAGACGACUCUCCAUCAAGAAAACUGUCCCAGCCGAUACGCAAAAGACCCGCGGAAGAUAUUCAGAACCAUUUUCGGCGUACAUACGACCAGCAUACGGCAGCAUUUGAGCUUGAUGGGAACAUGCAGGAACCUGGUAGAACCUGGUAAGUGUUUUCAAGAAAAUAAUGUCAAAAUGUCACAAGCUUCGAUCUCAAACGGUCUAGUUACUAGCAAUGAUGAAAAGUGAGUUUGUAAGAAUUAGAUGGUUUCUUGUUUGAUUCGUUGAAGGAGAAAUGAUUGGUGAGUUUCGACCGUUUUCUAUCGCUAGUGCACAGGCUGUUUUCUGUGUCUCCUGACUGCACUGCUGACUCGCUGGUAAUUUUGACGAGUCACAGCAGUGUUGAGGAUGUGAUCAUGAUUACUCACAUACUUCCGAUUAUAAAGGCCUCCUGUCAAAGGCCUCCUGUCAAAGGCCUCCUGUCAAAUGCUUUUAACUAUCUUUGAUCAAAACAUAUUCACUUUGUUGAUAAAAAUGUCAAUGUUGUGUGGUGCACUAUGGAUUGCUACUGGUGCUUGUAACGUGCCAUGGGCACUGGCAAAGACCGCUGGUGUCAAAAUUACACACAGGUCUAAAUGGCUGUAUUAUUGUUAACUAACACUGACUUCUGUAGAGACAUUAUGGGCAGAACUAUGUGUUAACGUUUUGAAAUCAUUGUAUUGUUCAGUCAAGGAUUGGUAUUUGGAAUACAUGUUGAAACUCUGGAAUGCCAUGGUGUGUCUAACUGGAAAUGUGUUUGACUGGCAGAAAGCCCAGUCAAAGUUACAUACAUGCUGUUCUUCAAAAACAAUUUUGUGUGUACUUCCAACUGACAAAGCCAGAUGCCUCUGGCUGCUAGUAAGUGUCCAUGGACAUGUACCAUAUUGUGUGAAAAAUUCCCAAGGUUUUCAUACAAUAAACAGCUUUCCAUGUUCAUAACUAGAGUCAGUGUUACAAGCGACCACUGGUCAAAUAAUGGUCAUAUUAAGUAAACUAUGUAUGUUUUUAUCCCAUGAACCCCUAAAUGUAACUGGUAUACUUCAAAGAAAUUUUACUAACAUUUUCAACAAAAUGAUUAAAGUGCUUAAAUUUUUGUUACAUGUCACAAAUCGUGUACCACCUAAUUUUAUAUUACAGCUUUUUCACAAUAUCAGGGGAUUUUUUGGUGAUCAUUUUUCCACACAAACCCACGUACCAAUAAGCACAAGCCAGGAGUAAAGAGAGAGUGAAUUUUCAAAGUUUGGGAUCAUUUUACACAGGAAGAGGAAGAUAAAGUGCAAUGUGUCUACUGCAAAGCAGAACUGCCUUACACAACGCAUAAAUGUUUUUUUUUGUUUAAAAAAAAAAAGAGGAAUUAAAACAAAAACAAGACUUUUUGUCCUAAAUGUGCAAACAAAAACACGCAACACAGUGACAGGAAUGAUGGUGAAAGGACAUUGAUAACUUUGCAUUCCUCGCAGCUGUGGCUCACUAUAGCAACAAAAUAAUUUAUCUACUUUUAUUUUACAAAACAAAAUAAAUUCCAUAUUAUCAUAGUGUGAUCUUACAGUGUUUUAACUAAAGCAUUCAGAUACAAAUAAUAAUUUUCCUAGUAAUCCAGUUUUGCAGUUAUGUACUGUAUUACAAAAGAACACAUUCACUCUCAUUUAUGCAGUGUCCCUGGACACACCUUGCACACUCACGCAGCUGCCGCCUGCCUGCCUACUUUCAUUCUGAAGAGCGAAAUAGGAAAUACAGCAGGCAUACAUUCUUUCUAUUAGCAUGUCCAAACAGGUCCCUCUGCUGGUCACUUUUACGAUUACAGUUGAUUCACUGUAUAUUCCAGAACAACAACAUCGCAGCCCCUGCGAUGUGACUAUUGUGCACACGUACAUUACAAUGACAGUGCUCAAAUGAAAUAUCGUGCAGCCCUAGUCGGGAUUCACUGUGUACUGAGGUCCUUUUAAUGUACUCACAUGUUUAACUUAUGUACCUUCUGCCAUCGAGUGGAAGAGUGUUUGUUCUGUUUGUCACUAUACAUUGGUGGCAUAGAUAGACAGAUGAAAAAAAGAUGAUUUAUAGUAAAUAAUGAUUUGUCUCGGCACAGUGGUUGGGAAUCACUGAGCUAAAGUAAAGAGUUUUGCUAACCUCU